AACUUUAGUUUAUACUUUCUGUUUUAUGGCGAUUUCUUCGUUUUAUUGACUUCAAAUGUGUUUGCCUCUUUUUGUGGGGUUAUCGAGAAAAUAAUUUGACUUUAUUUGUGGGUAAUCGUAGAACUUGUAUAUAAAUAAAUACAUCUUUUGUGGGAUUGUUCAAAAGUAAACAUCGUUGACCUCCCUGUAGCUCAUCUAAUUUAUAAUAAUAUUGUUAUAUAGUCGCAAUUUCAUUAAGAAGUAAAAUGUUGACUUUCCCUGUGCGAUUGAAAACUUUGAUUACAAAUGUGUCUUUUCAAUCACAAUUGCCCGAUCCCCGAUGAUCGAUUUAGCUUGAAUAGUGUAACAACCGUUUUCAAUUCCUGUCAUAAAAAUCGAAAUGGGUUUGUUUAGAAACGAUCGAAAAGGUCUACAAGUGAUCAAUUUUGUUUUCUAUGCAUCGAUCGCCAUGAAGAAUGAGCACAACUUCAGACUACAUUUUCUCUUUUUCUUUCUAGAAAUAUCGUUGUUUUUUGGAUAUCGAUUCAGUAAUCAAAACUCAAAAGUCUCAAUGAUUGAUUGAUCUUCUGUUAAAAUGUGGUCCAUCAUUAUAUAUCUUCUGAAGUUGUAGUUAAUUUGAGUUGUCAUAGCAAUCAUACUAAUGACCACAAUGUUUGAUUCCAUUGGAAACAUCACAUCCAUUUUCAGAUCUCUUAAUCUUUUUUCCAUUAUUGACCAUAUAUUUUCACAUCAUGAUGAUAAUCGACCCUACAACCUUUUGCCUCAAUAAAUUUGAUUGGUUUUGGUUCUCUGAACCUUUCAAUUCUUAUAUCUCAUAAUCAUGUCUACAGUAGUUCAGUAAAGUUUUGACCUCAAUGUCAGUGUCUCCAUGCCCACAUUUCACCUCUAAUCUCAUAUGACUGUUAUUCUUCCAACAACUUCCGAUCUGGCCCACAAUUGUCUGGGCCUAGGGCCCACAAGAAGCCCAGUUUAUAUUGGAAUUGAAACUCUCACACACACUGUGACUAUCAGUCUAUCAACUAUCAAGACUCGAACCCUCAUAUGUUCAUUGUUGUUUGUGUUAUUAUUUAUGAAUUAAGUUGGGAAUAAUAUCUUUGUAAAUGGGUUAUGAUCUUUUUAUAAUUUCCUCGUUAAAAUUACUAAAAUACCCUUAACCUAAGAAUCUCACAAGUAACACCUCUUAGCCUCCACAUAAAUCCAAUAUAAUAUUGGAAUAUGUUGAGGCAUAACAUAACCUCGAUUAUAAGUUUAAGGAUUUCUUAAGAUACCUUGCUUUUUACACAAUGCCUACUUGUCUUUCCUUGAUACAAAUCUUGCAUUUUUAAGAAGCAAGACAUCAAAAGUAAACAUGUUUUCAUAGCAUUGUGGAUGAUACACACGACAAGGGUAAAAAUGGCAUUUUACUCCCAAGAUGAUUCAGCGGAUGAUUAUCUUUUCAAGAUUGUUCUGAUUGGUGAUUCGGCUGUUGGGAAAUCAAAUCUGCUUGCUAGAUUUGCUAGAGACGAGUUUUACCCUAAUUCAAAAUCAACAAUUGGGGUAGAAUUUCAAACACAAAAGAUUGAAAUUAAAGGGAAAGAAAUUAAGGCCCAAAUUUGGGAUACAGCUGGACAAGAAAGGUUUAGAGCAGUUACAUCUGCAUAUUAUAGAGGGGCAGUUGGAGCUCUUUUGGUGUAUGAUAUUACCAGACGCAGGACUUUUGAUAGUAUUGGAAGAUGGCUCAAUGAACUUCAUACACAUUCGGACAUGAAUGUAGUUUCAAUACUUGUUGGGAACAAAUCAGACCUUAAAGAGGCGCGUGAGGUUUCAAUGGAGGAAGGAAAAUCAUUGGCUGAAUCCGAGGGAUUAUUUUUUAUGGAAACUUCGGCUCUUGAUUCAUCAAAUGUAAUUACUGCUUUUGAAAUGGUAGUAAAAGAGAUUUACAAUAUUUUGAGCAGGAAAGUUAUGGAGGUCAAGAAACCCGAGCCUUCAUUAUCGGGAACUGGAAAAACGGUUGUUUUGGAAACGGAUUCGGAUCAAGAGAAUGUAACAAAAAAAGCUUGGUGUUGUUCAUCUUAGAAUCAUCAUUAUUAUUAUUAUUAUUACUAUUAUUAUAUAAAGAAAUUUGGGGGUGUUUUUGGAUGUGUUAUAAGGUUAAUAAUGUAUAUGAUGUGAUGAUUGUUGAGGAAAAAAAAGGGUUUUGUGGUUGUUGGAA